GGACAUUUAAUUCCCAAUUUUGGUUCUUUGGUUUCUGAUAUUUCUGAAUUUUAAGUAAAUCCCAUUUGGAUUUGUCAACUUAUUAUGAAUAUAUCUGGGAUUUUUUUUUUUUUUGAAUAUUGAGAUAUACAUUUUUUUUCUAAAAAAAAGGCAAAGAUUGAUGAUGUUAUCUGUGCAUUGGUACAUCUUCAUGGCCUCAUCUUCUCUGCAUCAUUGACUGGUUUUUUUGGGUCUCUAAGAUUCUUUUUCGAAACUUAGUUUUAGAUGAGUAUUUUCUCAGUACAUAAAAAAGGUUCCCUUUUAUGGAAGUGGGAUCUGCUUUUUCACUUCAUCAAUAAUAAUAAUAAUAAUAAUUGGUUGUUUGUAUCAGAUUUCUCUGUAAAAGUGGAACCCAUGGGAGUCAUGAUUUAUACUACAGACUCUUGUCUCAUAUGAACAAAAACGCCUUAAACAAAUCCAAGGAUUCUCAUGUUUUUAUCUGGGGUUUGGUUAGUGUAGCCAUGAACAGAUAGGAAGAAUAUGGACUGGUUCUGAUUUGAUAGAAUUCUGAUCCCCCCAGAGAGAAGAUUAAUAGGAAGAAUGGAGGGCGACACAUUUUCAGGAAUUGGCAAUGGUACCCAGAUAGAUGGCAAGAUCUUGCAGACAUUUCAGAAGAACUUUGUUCAGGUUCAAAACAUUUUGGACCAGAAUAGGCUGCUUAUUAAUGAGAUAAAUCAGAACCAUGAAUCCAAGAUCCCUGACAACCUAAGCAGAAAUGUGGGUCUGAUUAGGGAGCUCAACAAUAACAUCAGGAGAGUGGUUGACCUUUAUGCUGAUCUUUCUAGCUCAUUCUCCAAAUCCAUGGAAGCUUCCUCUGAAGGAGAUUCCAGUGGGGCUUUGAGAUCUGAUGGCAAAGCUGGUCACAAGAGAAAUAGGCCUGCAUAGCCAAAAAAGUUGUUUUCUUUUCUUCAUUCUUUGCAUGAAGAAUUUCACAAUUGCCUUGAGGUAGUAGAACAUGAUUAUUAGAUUCUGUAACUUUUUUUUUUUAAAAUUUUUGUUAUUGCUGAACUGUCUCUAUAUCUAUCCACUUCUUCUUUUCCA